UAAGCGAGCGCCUAUAUGUAGGCAUGUUUAUCUAUAGCUUGAGGAGGGAGGGGUGGAGACUUGUAAAAAAGGGCGUAGGAAAAGCAGAGGAGAAACCUUCCAUGAGAGAUUGGUAGACCUCAGAGCGCACAGAUACAGCAGGCUGCUCCUCUGACUGCAAAUAAACGAAUCCUGAUAAAUGACAUAACAUUCUCGACUGACACGGAAUAAAUGUGGUCUUUUCUGAGAGAGAAAAAAAAGAUAGAGAUUAUGAGGAUCAUUUCUGUGCCCUUCCAUCGCUGCCAGAAGCUCUCCAUGUGAUGCCUCACUUUUGCGCAACAGGUUCUGCGAGAUACAUUUAACAAAUUAUCAACUCCGAUCCAUGUAGGAAGAAGAAGCAUGCUGUCCCCGUUUUGGCACUUUGGCAUCGAGCAGGAGAUCAACUCAUGGGAUGUAGUGGAUGCAGAGUCAGGUUCAACUUUGGCAAGGUGCUGUCCAAAGUCUCGGUGUUCUUUACCAUGGUCCUGAUCUUCACCUACUUCUUCUACUGCCUCACCGGAUUCUGCGAUUCGGCUCCGAGAACUUUAUACAGCCAGCGACCAUUAGACUAUGACAUUUUGGACGAUCGUCGUCGCAUUUUGGACGACCUGCGACCAUCGCCGCGUUUCCUCCCCGACGCGCCGUCUCAGCGGAACCGCACAGCCUCCGCGGACGCAGAGCAGGUGGACGCGGCGGAGCAGCUGGACAGCGCAAAGGAGGGCGCCCAGGGCAACGGCAUCCCCGUGUCCAACACUUUCGGGUCCAAAAGGUUUCCGCAGGCGAUUAUAAUUGGCGUGAAGAAAGGAGGAACCCGCGCCCUGCUGGAGUUUCUGCGCAUCCACCCGGACGUGAGAGCGGUCGGCGCGGAGCCUCACUUCUUCGACAGGUUUUAUGAUAAAGGACUGGAGUGGUACAGAAACCUGAUGCCUCGGACGCUGGAUGGCCAGAUCACCAUGGAGAAGACCCCCAGCUACUUUGUCACAAAGGAAGCUCCUGGCCGUGUCUGCACAAUGAACUGCCAAGCCAAGCUCAUUGUGGUGGUCAGGGAUCCUGUGACGCGGGCUGUAUCUGACUACACCCAGACCUUGUCCAAGAACCCAGGCCUUCCAUCCUUCCAGAGCCUGGCAUUGAAAAACGCCUCCACAGGUCUGAUCGACACCACGUGGAGUGCGGUGCGCAUCGGCCUCUACGCCAAACAUCUGGAGAACUGGCUUCAGCACUUCCCCUUGUCUCAUUUUCUGUUUGUUAGUGGUGAGCGUCUGGUGUCUGAUCCGGCUGGGGAGAUGGGUCGGGUUCAGGACUUUCUCGGUCUGAAAAGGGUUGUUUCAGACAAACACUUCUACUUCAACCAGACCAAAGGUUUUCCCUGCCUGAAGAAGCCUGAGGGAAGCAGCAGACCUCGCUGCCUUGGAAAGUCCAAGGGCAGACCCCAUCCCCAGAUCCCCACAGAGGUCCUGCAGAGGCUCAGAGACUUCUACAGGCCCUUCAACCACCGUUUCUACCAGAUGAGUGGACAAGACUUCGGCUGGGACUAACAGAGGAGAUUCCUGUCACAGCCCAGAUAAAAAAAUAAAAAUAAAAAAAGUCUCUUACUUUAUGGAGUGACUGACAGUUUAAUGCUCCACAGGGCUGAUGUUCUCAGGGACGGGGUAGAGAAACUCUCCACAAACUGAAUUCUGCCUCAGUGGAAUAAACAUGACAUGCAGCACACGAACUGUCACUGUUUUGUUGUAGAGUAGAAGCCGACAUGGACACAGUGCUGCCAAUAUGUAAGUUACGAACAUAGUUAAUGGCUUAGUUAUUAAACCAUUUUCUUGCUUGUAUGUUAAUGUUAUUGCCAUAUGGAAGUUAGAAGCAAACUAGGUACCAAAGGGAAAGCAAACAUUGCUUUUGAAUAUAAUUUUUGCCUUUUUUUUUGUUUUGUUCAUAAAAUAAGCUGAUAUUUAUAUUUUCUGUUGAUUUGAAAUACAACAGUUACAGAUUUCUUUUAUAAAAGAAACGUAUUUAUUACAUGACAAGGCAAGACAUAAAAGUGAUUACACUUUCAUUGACAGGACAUUGGGAAAGAAAUGUCAUACUCCAUGAUGAACCACUAUUUCUUUUGAAUUAUCAGCAGUGUUACUUUGACUGCAUGUGUAUUUUUUAUUACAUUUACUGUUUCCAGAUGCUCUUUAAAAUGCUACAUAUCUGAUAUUGAUUUCUCAGUACAGUUGCAGUUGAUAUACCAAUGAUACCUCAUCUGUAAAUAAUAAAUGUGUAACAAUGAUCAGAAAACACGCAUACAAACAUUCCAUUUGUAGGUAUUUGUAGAUAUUUUUCCCUUCAAAGCUACGUCACUAUUUUAAUGGCCUUGGACAGAACCAGCUGUAGCCUAUCCGCUGUUAUUCAAUUCAUAUAAUUACUGUUUUGAUCUAUGAUUAUUUUGAACCAUUUUAAACUCCACGUGUAAACACAAAGCACAGUCGUAUGUAUAAAACCUCAAUUCUGUCUCUGACUUUUUGUCUUGUGAAGUUUUAUCUGACAUGGCAUCCAGAGUAGGUACAAUGUGUUAUCCUUUUUUCCUUUCAUGUGUUACUGUAAGUUAUCAAGCAAACUGAGGAGCUUUCUAUAAAUACUGCUAGAAGAAUGAUAUAUUUGGCCCACAAGUGAAUCGUAAUCCAACAAAUGUAAUAAAUGUAGCUGAAACCUA